GCUGUGUGUAUAUAAAAAGCUGUCAGACCCUCCCCGCUCAUCAUGCUCAGUGUGUCUCCAGACAAACGGCGAAAGAUGGAGUCGGCGCUCAACCAGUUGAAGAAGUACACCGUGGUGGUGGCCGACACGGGGGACUUCAACGCCAUUGAUGAAUACAAGCCUCAGGAUUCCACCACCAACCCAUCUCUGAUCCUAGCUGCUGCCAAAAUGCCAGCUUAUCAGAACCUGUUGGAUCAGGCCAUCAAAUACGGCAUCGCCAAGGGCGGAACUGACGAGGAGCAGAUCAGCAACACCAUGGACAAGCUGUAUGUGAGUUUUGGUCUCGAGAUCCUCAAGAAGGUCCCAGGCAGAGUCUCAACUGAGGUGGAUGCCAGACUGUCUUUUGACAAAGAAGAAAUGCUGGCAAAGGCUUUGAGGCUCAUCGCGCUCUACAAAGAAGCUGGGAUCAGCAAGGAACGGGUGCUGAUCAAGCUGUCAUCCACAUGGGAGGGAAUCCAAGCUGGCAAGGAGCUUGAAGACAAGCAUGGUGUUCACUGCAACAUGACUCUGCUUUUCUCUUUUGCACAAGCAGUAGCCUGUGCAGAAGCAAAUGUAACUCUCAUCUCGCCCUUCGUGGGGCGCAUCCUCGACUGGUACAAGGAAAACACAGACCGCAAAACGUACGAGCCCCACGAAGACCCAGGUGUACAGAGUGUGACAAAGAUAUACAACUACUACAAGAAGUUUGGUUACAGCACCGUGGUGAUGGGUGCUUCCUUCCGGAACACGGGACAAGUUAAAGCCCUGUGCGGAUGCGACCUGCUCACCAUCUCUCCUGGGCUACUUGCAGAACUCAGCCAGGACCACAGCACUGUCACACAGACGCUUAAUGUGGAAGCAGCAAAGAGUUGCAAUCUACAAAAGGUCCACAUGGAUGAGAAGGAGUUCCGCUGGCAACAUAAUGAGGACCGCAUGGCAGUUGAAAAACUGUCUGACGGCAUCCGCAAGUUUGCUGCGGAUGCUAUCAAGCUGGAAACCAUGAUCAAAGAGAAAAUGCUUCAUGUUAAGAAUGGUCAGUAAGAAACCAGAAAACUUUUCCCUCAUGACAGGCCAUCUCCCAUCCACUCUUUGGAUGGAGAGAAAUCUUAUGUGACCAAACCUUCAUUAUGAAUGAUACUUAAUGUUGAUGUAUUUUGAGAUAUUUAACCAGAGGGGACUAAAUCAUUCCAGAAAGUUGCAAUGUGAGACUACUAGAGAGGAUCACAAGCACUUGGAACCAGAAGAAACAAUGUUUGAAUUUACUAUCAACCUUGUGGGAAUGAAGCUAUUGUGUUUUUCAUGCCAAGAAAUAUAAUAAAUCUAAAUUCUAAGCA